UCGAUUCCGCUCGUCUCUUCUCGUCGCCGAUCGCUAGGGUUGCCUCCCUGCCUCUUCUUCUUUUCUCAGAGUGGAGUAGUCUUGAGGCGAUGGCGGAGCACCUGGCUUCGAUCUUUGGGACGGAGAAGGACCGGGUGAAUUGCCCCUUCUACUUCAAGAUCGGAGCGUGUAGGCACGGCGACCGGUGCUCGCGACUACACACGAAGCCCAGCAUCAGCCCCACCCUCCUCCUCUCGAACAUGUACCAGCGCCUUGACAACGCUAUCACCCCCGGACUUGACUCUCAGGGCCAGCCUAUGGACCCCCGCCAGAUCCAGGAGCACUUCGAGAAUUUUUAUGAGGAUCUUUUUGAGGAGUUAAGCAAAUAUGGAGAGAUUGAAAGCCUGAAUGUUUGUGACAAUCUGGCUGAUCACAUGGUUGGUAAUGUUUAUGUUCAGUUCAGGGAGGAAGAGCAUGCUGCAAAUGCGCUUCGCAACCUGACAGGAAGGUUUUAUGCAGGACGUCCAAUUAUUGUCGAUUUCUCUCCAGUUACCGAUUUUCGUGAGGCUACAUGUAGGCAGUAUGAAGAGAACACCUGCAACCGAGGUGGAUACUGCAAUUUUAUGCAUUUGAAACAAAUUAGCAGGGAGUUGAGACGAAAAUUAUUUGGGAGAUAUAGGAGGAGGCAAAGAAGCCGUAGUAGAAGCCGAAGCCCCUAUCGACAGCGUAACUUUGAAGACCGUCAUGUAAACCGUAGCCAUGGCAAGCGUCAUGGUGACAGGGAUCAGUAUAUUGAAGAACGAGGCAGAAAACCUCGAAGCCGAAGCCCAGGUCGUAAGAGGAACCGCAGCAGGAGCCCUGCAGGAAGAAGGAAUAGAAGUCCUGUCAGAGAAGGAAGCGCCGAGCGAAGGGCCAAAAUUGAGCAGUGGAACAGGGAAAGGGAGCAGGCAGAUGCUGCUAGAAAGAACAAUGAAUACACACAGAAUGGUCAGCAGCAGCAUGAUCAAGAAGAAUGAGGUCAUUGAUAUCUAUGGUUUUCUGGUGGUGUGCAGGUUCAAAGUCCUGUUCAGUGGAAUAUAAAAAACUAAAAACCUUGUGUCUAGAGAAUUUCACAACACAAUCACCUGCUUGCCUGCAUUAUCGAUUUUUAUUUGACUAAAUGUGUCUUUUAGGUAUUAUGGCUAUGGCAGGGGAUACCCAGGAUAGUGCUCAUUAUUUAAGCAUUCAUCCCAUAUUUUACUUAUCAUUUAAGCAUUCACUCAUAUAUUAAGUUUAGCAGCAUAUGGCCUACAAGUCCUGUUAAGAUAGAAGUAAACGCAAAACCAAAAACCAGUUCUAACCAUCAAUUGAUUUCAGCAAUUGAGGUAAAACAAAAAAUUGCAAUUUUUUUUUUAUAAACACCAGGCUUCUGAGAACCUUUGGACUAACAAGCAUCCUUUAUCAUGAUACUCGAAUAAUCAAAGGAUUUUAUGUCAGGUAGAAUUUUUUUUCUUUUACAUGCUUGCUUUGCUACUUGAUUGAGUAACGAGCACUUGGUUUUAUACCAUGUUGCUUUUCUCCUUUUGGCUGGUUUAAUUUAUCUUUAAGAUUCAAUGAGCUUAUCUUUUCGACAAGUUUUGCAGGUCCAGGUGUUCCUGCUCCUUGUGGGCUUCAAUUCAUCACUUUGUUGCUUAUAUGAACUUCAUUUUCAGGACAGGGGCGAUAACAUGCCAGUGAAUUCACCAGAGUCUGCAUCAGAGGCAGGGUGUCCAAAUAAAGUUACUCGAGUUUCCGUCUAGGGUGCCUUCUACUUUUCAGAAUCUAAUGGAACCUUGUUAGCUUAGUUGUGGUGUUUAACAGUAUGUAAAAGCUGCCAUGUAGCGUUUGGAACUUGUAGUAUGAAGGUGGUUGGUCGAAUAUGAUUGCCUAUCGACAUCACAGUAUAUUACGAUAUUGUGGUACAUCUGAUAAUGAUGGUGGUUGGUCGAAUAUGAUUUGCCCAUCGAUAGCACAGUA